AAGGGAUAGAGAAAGGGCAAGGGAGAGAGAGAGACACACACACACACACACACACAAUACUGAACUUGGCAAAAAAAGAGAGAGAGACAGAGGUGGAGUUUGAGGGAGACAUGAAUAGAGGUUCAUAUAUAUAAUUAAAGAGUAGCGAAACAAAUCAAACCGAGCCAUGGUUUGACUUGCUCUGCGUGGCUCCUAAGAGAAGAAUCAUCAGGUGGGGGGGGGGCAACGUUAUUUCAAUAUACUAACUCUGCCAGCGUCUGGUGGUGUGUGGACCCCCACCCAUCUACUGUUCUCCAUCUCUCUUCUGCGGUGCUACAUCAUGUUCUCCACCGUGGGGGAGAUGGGCGUCCUGCGGUCCAGGCAGGGGAAGCCGCCUGCGCUGGGCUGCCACCACCACCUUCUGGUCCGCCUGUACUGCCUGAACGGCGGACACCACCUGCGGAUCCUUCCGGACGGGACGGUGGGAGGAGGAAGGCUGGAGCAUGACCUCUACGACACCUUGAGGCUGAAGGCGGUGAGCCCAGGUGUGGUGGUGAUCAGAGGGAAGCGACGCCGCUACCUGGCUAUGGACCAGGAUGGACACCUGCAUGGCUCACUGGUGGUGGAUGACCAGUGCUACUUCCUGGAGACGUACGAGGAGAACCACUACAACACGUACGUCUCGCGCGGGAGUCCCGGGUGGUACGUGGGCCUGAGGCGGAACGGCAAGCCAAAGGCGGGGCCCAGCACCCAGCAGCAGCAGAAGGCUGUGUACUUCCUGCCCCGCCCCGUCCACACCCUGUAGCCCCAGCAGCAGAAGGCUGGGUACUUCCUGCCCCGCCCCGUCCACACCCUGUAGAAGCAGCCGGAGAAAGGAGAAGAGCCCAGAGAGAGGGUUUGGUUUGGUUUUUGGAUGUUAAAGAUCCCAUAUCAUGCAUUUUUAGGGUUAAUAAUUGCAUUUGGGGGUACUUCUACAAUAGUGUUACAUGACAUGCUGCUUUGACUUAACAGUCAGAUAUAGUUCCCUUUAAGAUUUAUAUCUACUUGUAUAUUCAUAUUUGAUUAUAUGAAAACGUAAUACAAAAAAAAUCUGAAUCGUAUCCAUUUCCUAAUAUUAAUAUUGGUAAAAUGUGAUCUUUAAUCGUGCUUUUAGUAUGCUGAAUGUGUGUAAGUGAAUGGAGGAGUGAAAUGGGCUAAAGUCAAAUUACACCAAGGGAUAUGUUUGAUACUCACCUUUUACAUGUUUUUUAUGGUGGUGCCGUGGUGGGUGGAUUAUAAGCAUGAACUAUUGCAUUAACUUAAAUAAGAGCAAGAAGAAUAGAUAGUACCGGUAGUCGUACUCUGGACACUAACUGAAGAAGCUACUAUUACAAUAAUAUUUGAAUGUGAAACCAGAUGCAGGUAAUGAUAACACUGCCUAUUGUGUGUCCUUAAUCAUAAUGUAUUAAUUUACUGUUCUUUAUUAACUGAUAUAAUGUGUAACAAUAUCAUAAUACCAAUGCUAAAUAUUCGAUAUUGGUUCAAAUAAUAAUAAAUUAUUUGAGAGUGCGGCUUGUAUACUUAAAUAAAAUACAUAAUGUUUACAAAUGUAAGAAAUAAAGCAUAAUACAAAGUA